AUGGGCAAAAAGAAACGAAGCGAGCCACCUGGCCUCCCCACGAACGGUGCUGGUGAAAAUACUGCACCACAGCCAGACUUGCCGCCGCAACCCUCGCCCCCGGACAGUUUCACUGUUGUGAAGGUCAGUUUGGCUGCUCUAUCUUUCAUUCCGCCUGUUUGAGUUUUAAAAGCCUCGAUGUCGCAUCCUGAUCCUCCUCUCCCGCGUUCUCGUCGGUCCACCGUUUUAGGUUUUGUCUGUCUGGUUCUAACCUAGUACCCACCUUGCGAAUGGUUUGCAACGCAGUCCUUUGAGGUAGUUGUGUGAUCGCUAUCUACCCGCAUUCAACAUCACUUUUGACGAGCUUUUAGAAGCCUGUUGUCUUUUUUCCAAGAGUUGUUUCUAUAUUGGCUGUUUUUACACUCGAACCGGUUGCAUGAAAUAGCCAAUGCCUAGUUUGCACUGCUACCUGUCCACCAGUCCACUGAUAGCGCUUAUUUUACAAAGUUGCCCUUGUCUCUAUACUAUCACUGUCUCUAGCACUAUUAGUAUGCAUGUGCAUAUGUACAUAUCAACAUGAGUGAAGAUUCGAGAUCCAGAUAGAUUAUCCGGUUCAUCAUCUCCAAAAUUAGAUGAAGAAGAACAAGAGACGAUCCCAUGGACCACACUGUAUUGGUGCUGACGUUUCGGAAACUUCCUCGUUUCCAUCAUCAGAGUAGAAGGGUGUUUUUUCCUGCUAGCUCACGGAGAGACCAAAGCCAAUCCCCCGCCAUCAGGCAGGUCGGAGUUUGUGUAUCAGACAUGCCUAUCACACAAGACAGGCGGCGAGACAGAACAACUCGGGGCUAAUAGGAACAAACACCCCACCACUCUGAUGAUGGAAACGAGGAAGUUUCCGAAACGUCAGCACCAAUACAGUGUGGUCCAUGGAAUCGCCUCUUUUUCUGCUUCAUCUACUUUUGGGGAUGAUGAACGGGAUAUAUAUAUAUGUGUACGCAAAUAUGGUGCAGAUAUAGUUCCAAAAAUAGUGCUCAAACGGACAAGCUAGUUUUCCGCUGCUCUGCGAGAGUUCAACCGUCAAUUCGGACGAUGUUCACCGUAUGUCCCACCGCGUGGUGUGCGCAGGGACGGCGACAUGUACGUGAAUAAGUCGAUGUAGCAAGGAUUGGUAUUCAAGCUUACUGAAAAAAUAGACCACAGGGAUUGCCGUAAUAUGGUAAGGAUUUGGGCGCUACUUUUAUCAGCAGGGUAGACAGACGCACUAAUCAACCUAAUCUGUGGAAGGCAUUGAGAAAACUUCUAUAUGCACCGCUUUUCGUCUAAUUACAUCGAUAAGGUGGCGGGACAGAGCUCACAAUUUGAAAGGUGCAAAUUAAGGGGGCCUAUGAGCAUGCGAAAAACAAGUAGUCCAAGAUUACUGGUUAAAGAAGUCCGGGUUGGGUAAUACAGUAUGGGGCAGGCAAACUUGGCCCUAAUCCUGAUCUUUUACCUGGAGUGCCGUGAGCAGGUCCCAAUGACAUUUGAAUAUGUAAGCCUGCGUUUUUAUUACUAUAGCACAAUUUAAUUAUCUGAUGCAGGUAGGUAUAUGCGCCAGAGUUUAUCCGUUGUGUGGCUUUUAUGAUUGGCAUUAGAGUUAGAACUGGGUUUGAAAUUAAGUUUAAUGUUGAGGGUAAUCUUGCCUGCCGCAUACCGUCCUACCCAAUCUGGACUUAUUUAACCAAUACACUUCGAUUACUUGUUUUUUAUUCAUUUACACUGCUUUACUUCGCAUCUUUCAGAUUGCAUGAUCUGUUUCGGCGCCCCUUCGGGUAAUAAAAAAUGACAGAAGUGCGAGCCUCUUCAAUGCCUUCCACAGACUCCGUCAGUCGCCUAGUCUAUCUGCCCUACAAAUAAAACUAGUUUUAGCAUCCCUCCCGUAUUACGAGAGUUCCUGUGCUCUAUUUUCUCCGUUGGCUUAUAUAUUAAAUCCUUGUCGAGGUCUUUUCUGGAUGGGCACUUAGACUAUGGAGGAAUCAGUGGGUUGUCGUGAGCGCUGGCGUACGACAAGGCUGAGUUCCCCCGCUGAUCCUCUUUCGAUGUGUUAUAGAUUCGGUUGUAUCCAUGACAUUCAUUGCCCAUCGGAAGCUUUGAAGCGGUGCAAGACCUUUGCGUCUCAGAUUUUACCUAUGUUAACAACAUUGCCCUGGUUGAGAGCUCCCUCAUGGAACCGCAAUCUGCCUUGUGGUCGUGUGGUCAUCUCUACUCGAAGAGCCAGUCUAAGAUUUGAAUGCUGGAAAGUCUAAACAAUAAGUUCGACGGUUCCACGCCCCAAGAUGUUUCCCACCACAUCUUGAGUGCCGAGAGGCUUGAGGGGGUCGGCUCAACCAGCACUGAGGUUGCCCGAGAUAAAAAGAAUGAGUUGAUAAGAUGGAUCUCAACAGUUUUGCGCUCGGAUGGCUGGAACGGCCGUUUCCGUCCACAGUAAUUGAAUAUUAUACUUUUAUCAACUUACUGGCGGAAUUCGUUAUCCUUCGUCAUGAAUACAGUAGGUGGGCUAACUCAUGAAAUGUCAACCGAAAUUCCGAAAUGCGUCUUCGUUUUGAAAAUAACGAUUACGUAGGGUUGUAAAACUAGUUAGCCUGCAACAUAAUUCUAUAAUAUUUCAGUUACUUCAGGAUGCUGGCUUUCGAACGAACUUCCUUUCGGCUGCAUGCAAAAACAAUGCUCCGUAAAAAGUGGCUACUUAUGUACCAUGAAUUUUUCGCACUGAUUUUCGAUGCCCCUAAAAGUCCGAUUAUAUUUCAUGGAAAAAAUGCAUAAAAAUAUUCAUUCUUUUGCUCGUUCCAUAGACACAAUUCCGAGAUGCGGACGCGUCCGUUCACUGCCUUCUCGGCGACUGUCUGUAGAACAUUUUGCGCCCCCGAUGACAUCAGCCUGUAGCCACUAAACUCACUUUUUGUGGAAGGGGAUUGAUUUUGCAAAUUCAACCACCAAGCUUCCACUAGUUCCACGUCUUCGAGACUUGGCUUUGCUCUCCGGGCAUUAGCUGGACGGCUCUUCUCUAGAGGCCGCCGUUGCUGCAAUAAUGGUAGGCCCUGGGAAACUUCGAUCGCAGCUUCUUUGGUGAACUGCGGAAGUGGUUACUUCCAGAAAUGAGGAUGCCCUCGACAGUACACCCUAUUCCACAAACGCCUUUUGUGCGGCUUAUCACCGCUCAGUCUUUGUGCCUUCUACCGACUGCCUCCUGUUGUCUCUGCAGGAGUUAGUCUUAGCUCUAGGAGGACACACUCAUCGCCGUUGAUAUCGCUCAACGCUGCUAUUCUUUAUCGUCCUGGUCGAUACGCAACUGUCUGUGAGGGCUCUACAUCGGACUGGGAUGAGUAUGUCCCAUAACCCAGCCGACGGAUACACUUCCAAUGUACGUCAAUAUUCCCCAUUGCGAUCCACAGAGCAACUGAUCCGUGACUCAGGGGUAGAGCUUUGGGCUUAACAACGUCCUAUGGCCGAGAAAUGCGAGUUCAGAGCUCGGGUGGGGCGAGCCUGGGUUUGGGUAAGACCGGCGGACGACGGCCAAUCAGCCGGAAAUGGUCACCCUAGUCCUUUGUCUAUGUCCCGACUCUUUUAUAUACUGUGAGUGACCUAUCUCAUGAAAUGUUGGCUUAAAUUCUGAAAUGCGUUUUCGAUUAGGACGGAUUACUUGGUCGCGGUUGUGAUACUGAUUAUCUUAAGGCAUACUCUUAUAACAUUUCGGACUCGGCAGGAUGCCGGCUUUUCAAUGCACUUCUUUUCAAUCUCCUGUAGAAAGCGUGCUCAGUAAAAAAUGACUACUUAAGUAGCAUGCAUUUUUCCCAUUGAUCUUCGAUGGUCUUGGAAAUUCAAACAUAUUUUAUAGAAACCAUAAACAAAAAUUUGCCUUCUUUCAGGCAGUCAAUAGAGAAUCACGUCUUCUUUAUAUUUUAUACUUAAGGAAGGAGUAUAAUUAGGUUUUAAAAAAGUUUCUAAUUAUGAGACUUUUUAAGUCCGCGAAAUGUCCAUUCACAUAGCAUCGUACCUGGCCGUUUACCGCUGCUCCUCAUGAAAUGUACAACAUGGUCCGCAUCCAUUGCAAAAUUUUAUGUACUCUGUAUGAUAUCUCUUUAAAGGCAUAGAAAAAUAUGUGAUUUUCUUUACGCGGAACGCAUGCACCUUGCAGACUGAAAUUAGUAAGCGCUAAUGCAACGAAUGACCAGGCUCCAACUCAUUCGGAAAUUGGAAAACUUUUUUAAAACCUAAUUAUACUUCUUCCUUAAGUAUAAAAUAUAAAGAAGACGUGAUUCUCUAUUAAGUCACUGAAAGAAAGCAUAUUUUGUUUAUGGUUUCUAUAAAAUAUAUUUAAAUUUCCAUAACCAUCGAAAAUCAAUGGGAAACAUGCAUGCUACUUAAGUAGUCAUUUUACUGAGCACGCUUUCUACAGGAGAUUGAAAAAAAGUGCAUUUAAAAGCCGACCUCCUGCCGAGUCCGAAAUGUUAUAAGAGUAUGCCACAAGAUAAGCAGUAUUACAACCGCGACCAAGUAAUCCUUCCUAAUGGAAAACGCAUUUCAGAAUUUCAGCCAACAUUUCAUGAGAUAGGUCACUUACUGUAUAUAUUCUUGGUCGCUAUCCGACCAGUUGGGAGGGCUAUACAUUGAGUCCAAAGACACGAAGGGACGCGUAUAUCUCAUAUUCCGAUCGCUGGACGCCGUUCCAAAAUAAAAGAGGAAAUUUUUUCUGAAUUGGCUGUGUAGGUGAGGGACAUUCUUUGUGAAAAGGAGGUUCGCAUUCAACAGGCUCUGAAUGAGCUGAGGAAAGGCGCACGAUUUGACGCCGUUGCCAAUUCCUAUACUGAUGACGCGGGUCGAUCUGGCGGAAAUCUGGGCUGGAUGAUUCGCGGUUCAAUGAAUGAGGCCUUCGAAGUAAGCCCACUUUGCCCCUUCCCCUGCAUUACUGCUUCUUCUUCAAUUUCUCUCGUCAACCUGCAUCGCUAAUUGUUGCUACUCAUUAACAGAUGAACCAUUGCUCCUGCAGACUACUUGCCCCCUUUGCAAUUUUUCCCUUGCCGCCUGAAUAUUCAUCAACUUUCCUUGAAUUUCCUCUUCGUUUCUUCCUCUGCAUUUUAAAUCCGUUUAUUUCAAUAUUAUUUUUCUUCUAUUUAGAAGGCCGCCUUUUCCCUGACACCUUCCACUGUAAUGAAACCUGUCUACACUGAUCCUCCCAUCAAGACUAACUUUGGUUACCAUAUCAUUAUGAUUGAGGGCAAGAAGUAG